GACGCUGCAGCCCCUGCAGGACAGGGGCCUGGGUCGCUAUGGGUUCCACAGCGGCCCCAGAGGGAGCUGUGGGCUACGUCCGAGAGUUCACCCGCCACUCCUCCGACGUGCUUAGCAAUCUGAAUGAGCUGCGCCUGCGCGGGAUCCUCACUGACGUCACGCUGCUGGUUGGCGGGCAACCCCUAAGAGCGCACAAGGCAGUUCUUAUCGCUUGCAGUGGCUUCUUCUAUUCAAUUUUCCGGGGCCGAGCGGGAGUCGGAGUGGAUGUACUCUCUCUGCCUGGGGGGCCAGAAGCCAGAGGCUUUGCUCCUCUUCUGGACUUCAUGUAUACUUCAAGGCUUCGCCUUUCUCCAGCCACUGCGCCAGCUGUCCUUGCAGCUGCCACCUAUUUGCAGAUGGAACACGUCGUCCAGGCAUGUCACCGUUUCAUCCAGGCCAGUUAUGAACCUCUAGGCAUCUCCUUGCGACCCAUGGAGGCAGAACCCCCAAGACCCCCAACAGUCCCUCCACCGGGCAGUCCCAGGCGCUCAGAAGGACACCCAGACCCACCUACUGAGUCUCGAAGCUGCAGUCAAGGUUCCCCAAGUCCAGCCAGUCCAGACCCCAAGGCCUGCAACUGGAAAAAGUACAAAUUUAUUGUGCUAAAUUCUCAGACCUCACAAGCAGGAAGCCUGGUUGGAGAGAGUUCUGGUCAGCCUCGCCCCCAAGCCAGGCUUCCUAGUGGAGACGAAGCCUGCAGCAGCAGCAGCAGCAGCAGCAGCAGCGAAGAAGGAGCCAUGCCUGCUCUCCAGAGCAGACUAUCGCUAGCUAAUACCACUGCACGAUUCAAAUGUGGAACUCCAGCAAAUAACUCCUACCUCUUCACACCCCGGGCUCAAGAGUCUUCUCUGCCAACUUCUAAGCAGGCUCAUCCACCACCAGGAAGUGAGUUUUUCAGCUGUCAGAACUGUGAGGCUGUGACUGGGUGCUCAUCGGGGCUGGAGCCCUUAGCUCCAGGGGAUGAGGACAAGCCCUAUAAAUGCCAGCUGUGCCGAUCCUCCUUCCGUUAUAAGGGCAACCUGGCUAGUCACCGCACAGUGCACACAGGGGAAAAGCCCUACCGCUGCUCCAUCUGCGGAGCACGUUUUAACCGACCUGCUAACCUAAAAACACACAGCCGCAUCCAUUCUGGAGAGAAGCCAUACAAGUGUGAGACCUGCGGCUCGCGUUUUGUUCAGGUGGCACACCUACGCGCACACGUGCUCAUCCACACCGGAGAGAAGCCCUAUCCGUGUCCCACCUGCGGCACCCGCUUCCGCCAUCUACAGACCCUCAAAAGCCACGUUCGCAUCCACACCGGGGAGAAGCCAUACCACUGUGACCCCUGCGGCCUGCAUUUCCGGCACAAGAGUCAACUGCGGCUGCAUCUCCGUCAGAAACACGGGGCUGCUACCAACACUAAAGUGCGCUACCACAUCCUCGGGGGACCGUAGCUGAGUCCCCCCAUCGAAACUCCAUUCGCUCCUUAGGGGCUGUGAAAGCUGUAUACUCAGGCUUGAUUUCCCUGAUGGUCUUGAUAUGGGGGUGUGCCGGGCCACCCUGGUAUCAGAAACUGCUGACUCCUUAAUUUCGUACUGGGGGAGAGCAGGGGUGGCAGAUCCUGGCUAGAUCUGCCUCUGUUUUGCUGGUCAAAACCUCUUCCUCACAAUCCAGGUUGGGUAGCUAGGGGCUGGGGACACAAAGGAGAGACACAAGGGACUUGCUCUCUUUAAGGGAGCUUCUCCCUCCAUUUCAAAUGGUUUAUCUGUAAAUAUAAUUUAUUGAGGCCUGUGGUUGGUACCAGGGCCUUUAUUCUGUUUGCAUUUCCAACUUUCCUCUUCCACAGGUGUGAUCAAGAAAGACUGGAAACACAGAAGGCAAGGGCACCACUCUGCUGGCAGAGGCACCUAGCACUUCGGUCUCACUCGCCUUUGGCUUGAGUGUCUUAAGUUGUUGUUGUUUUUUUGUUUUGUUUUGUUUUUCUUUUUUAACUUUCUGGAAUUGUCCUUUCUUUUCCUCUCUUUGUUUGCUUGGUGGUUUAUCCCUCCAGUUCUAGAACUGGAACCUUUAGUUUUCCUGGGCUAAGCCUGAGAACAUGUAAGAUUGGGUAAGGAAUCCUCUGGUAUUUUGGAUGGUGCAAGUCCUGUAGCAGGCCAGCCAUGGAAAGAACCUUCCAGCUCUUGAGGGUGAUGAGAACCUUUAUUGAUGAACCCAAAAUGUAGAUAAUAAAUUCCUCCUGAAGGCUGGGAAGGUGGGGGCUGGAGUCCUCCUGCAAGAAGGCCCAGCAUCAACAGCCUCAUUGAUCUAUUUGCCUGGGUUCAAAUGCACCAUAUCCACCCAUCAGACCAAGCCUGCCUAAGGGUUUGCCCUGAACCCAUAAUCCUCUCACGGGGCCUGAUUUAGUAUCUCCAUGGGGAAAGACCUGAAGAUCCUUACUAGAGAUUAUGAGACAUUUUCUUAUCUCUCUGGUUUCUGAGAAUGCUAUGACCUGGAGAGAAUUAAUGACAUUCCUUGACUGAGUCUGAGGAAUUCUUUAUUGCAUGAGCACCUGGGGUUGAAUGUCCCUUGAGACUCAAUAUGCCCAUCUUCUUUGAAUAUGUUUUGUUUGUUUGUUUUGUGUUGGGACAGCUUCUGGCAAGUGUCCAGAUUCCAAAAACUUCAUCUUUCAUGGGUGCUUGGUAGCUUUCUUACCUUAGAAAAUCUUGAGUCUGAGACUCAGACUGCUCAUCAUUACAUUCCUGUCUGGGACUGGUGAAUGUACUAGGACUUUACACGGGAAGGAAGGGAGCUGCCUGCUGUGCUGCAUUUGUUGUCAUUGGGGAUUAUUGCUGGAAUUACAUAUUUAAAAGCCUUCAAAGCUUCCCUGAUGGAUUGGCCAAAGCCCCUUCCACUUGAACAAGUUACCAGGUAGUGUUACAAGGUUGGUUGAGGGCUGCAGUUUCUGGUGUAGAACAUGUAGAUAAAGAUGUUAGGGAUGGAGUCCCAUGGUUAGAUGGAGUGUCUAGGACGUUAGUAUUUGGGAACUUUGAUUUAUAGUCCUGCUCCUGUUGCCCUGGGACCUAUUUGAUUAUAGGACUUGGGUAAACGGUAAAACAACUUGAACUUGUAGGGCAGAGACUCCUGAAAAUUAAGCCAGUCCUGGUGGCCAGCAGCUGGGGGCAGGCGAGAAAGCCAUUCAUUUUUCCCGUCCCCAUUUAACUCCCCUAUCACCUGAAUGCAGACUUGAACUGUGUAUGUUGGGGGACGGGGGCGCCGACAGAGGGAUUGAGAAGGUGAUUUGAUUUCUGUUUAGAAGACUGGAUGGGCACAUGGGAAGUGCCGGGGGCGAGAUGUUAGACUCUGCAAGUUCAGAUCAUUGGAAUAAAGAAGCCUUUCUUUGUACCAUC